UGUAUAGAAAAAUCUAUUAUGAGAAAGCAGAGGAGGAGGGUCUAAAGAUAUGGCAGCAAUAUUGGGUAAUAGCUACUUCCUUUCUUCCCCUCUCUUCAAAUCACCCAGAACGAAUUCCGUCGGAAAAUCUCCACUUUUCCUCACCAAAAUCUACCCUCACCGGAUUUCCAAAUUAUGCUUAUCUCGCUCUAGUAGUAACAAGAUGGAAGACUACAACGUGGCAAUGAAGAAGAUGAUGAGGAACCCUUAUGAGUAUCAUCACGAUCUGGGCAUGAAUUAUACCUUAAUCACUGAAAAUGUGAUUGUGGGAUCUCAGCCGCAGAAGGCAGAGGACAUAGACCAUCUAAAGGUAGAAGAAGAUGUUGCUUACAUCCUCAAUUUGCAACAGGACAAAGACAUUGAGUAUUGGGGAAUAGACUUUCAAUCUAUCUUAAAAAGAUGUCAAGAACUUGACAUACACCAUAUGAGAAGGCCUGCAAGAGAUUUUGAUCCAGAUUCAUUGAGGACUGGAUUACCUAAAGCUGUUUCCUCUCUUGAAAGGGCAAUCUCAGAAGGUAAAGGAAAAGUAUAUGUGCACUGCACUGCUGGUUUAGGGAGGGCACCUGCUGUUACAAUUGCUUAUAUGUUCUGGUUUCUUCCCAUGAAUCUGAACCAGGCUUAUGACACGCUUACUUCAAAGAGGCCUUGCGGACCCAACAAAAGAGCUAUACGAGGAGCCACCUACGAUUUAGCCAAGAAUGAUCCGUGGAAGGAGCCUUUUGAGAGCCUUCCAGAAUAUGCGUUUGAGGAUAUAUCAGAAUCGGAAAGGAAAUUGAUUCAGGAUCGUGUUCGAACCCUUCCUUAACCAAGAUAUUGUAUUAAUUACAACUUUGUACUCAAAUAGGAUUGAGUUUUCUGGAGAGCCAUUAGAUAAGAAUAAGCAUAUACUUUCACCACUUUUUUUUGUUCUCUUUUAAAAUGAAUAAAUUUCUAGGAGUUCUAAUGAGAAUUCUCUUCAUUGCAUUUCACUGUUACAAGGAUUUUUUUUUUCUGUUCAAGUGAUUUAUGUCUCUUC